AGAGAGCUGGUGUUUAGAAAGAAAAGUACCACCCUCCCCCAGAGUGAGAUUUGCCAUGCUAUUGGUCAAGGAUCCAUAACACAUGCACUGCAGUUAAUCUAACCUGAAACCAUUUGAGAAGAUAGAAGCCAAGGAUUUGAAGAAUGAAGGCUUUUGUAAAUCUAUUUCUGGGACUUUCUAUACUUCAAACAGCCUUAGCUGCUCCUACACCUGAGACCAUAAACUAUGACACGGAUACGUAUGAGGAUGUACUGGAUAGCCUUUAUGACUAUGACGAAAAUCCUAUUGUUGACCAAGGAAAGAUAGAGAUUGGGACUGUAUUACCAGUUGUGAACAGGCCGAUCCUUUCACCAGAACAGGUUUCAGAAGAAACAGAAGAAGCAGAAGAAUCAACUCCAAAAUUAAUUGAUGGUUCUUCACCACAGGGACCCUUGACUCCUGGAGUCCUAGGUCCAGACACAAGUGGAGGCAUUUCACCAACGUGUAUUCUGUGUGCUUGCCUCAUUACAACCGUUUACUGUGAUGACCACAAUCUCGAUACCAUCCCUCCUCUUCCCAAAGAAACCACCCAUGUCUAUUUGCGGUUCAACAGAAUAAGCAAAAUAAGCAAACAUGACUUUAAUCAUCUAACUAAAUUAAAGAAGAUUGACUUGACAUCAAACAUCAUAUCUGAGAUCGAUGAGGAUGCAUUUAGGAGCCUGCCUCAACUGUCUGAACUCAUACUCCGAGAUAAUAAAAUAAGGCAACUUCCAGAGCUUCCCAAUACCAUGAAUUACAUUGAUGUCAGCCACAACAGACUUGGACCUAAAGGAAUAAAGCAAGAGGCAUUCAAAGACAUGACAGAUCUCAACAUUUUGUAUCUAACUGAUAACCACCUGAAUCACAUCCCUAUUCCUCUUCCUGACAAUCUGCAGUCUCUUCACCUACAAGAUAACAACAUCCAGGAAAUGCAUGAGGAUACUUUCUGCAAAAUGAAGGACUGGACAUAUGCUCGCAGGGCUCUGGAAGACAUUAGACUGGAUGGUAACCCCAUCAACCUCAGCAGAACACCCCAAGCUUUCAUGUGUCUGCCUCGUAUACCAAUAGGCAGACUUGUCUAAACUGGAGGAACACCAAAAAAUACAGCUAUAAAAACGUACUACUAAGUCACUGACAUGGCAGUCUAAAGUAAAUAGGAUAUUGCAAUGUCAAAUGAAAUAUGAUAAAGAAGCUGUGUAUACAUGGAUACUGUUCAAAUAACCAGUUUUGCAAAAGAAAUCAAAAUGGAUUGAGGAAAGAAAAUUCAAAAUCAAAUGUCAAUUGUUCAAUAAAAAAUGGAAAAAAAAAGGAAAAUAGUAUGCGUUAUACUGUACAUAAUGUACUUAAUCAUUAAUGUGAUUUGCUGCAAAGACCUCUCAUUUGUUAACAUUGUGUGCUACCUAUUAAUUUUACUAAUCUGAUUGGUGCUAGCUAAUAUAAAUGUGUAACUCAUUAAACAUGGACAAUGAAGCCUGGAUUUACUAAGAUAUGUUCAACAUACGAAAAAAAGGACUUAGUAAAUAUCAGGCUGACUGUAUAGAAUUAACUAUUUUUAUGUAAAUGCAAAAGGAAUACAUUUUCCUGUAAAUCUACAUUUUGAUAUUAUUUUUAACUACAGAGUUAGUUUUCUAAUUGUCACAGAAAAUUCAAAAUCAAGCUUUUCUUUAUGUGUAUCGUGUGUGUAAUUUUCCAAAAACACAAAUCUCAUCAACUUCAUUAAAGCUCUUCACCAGA